UACUACGCCAAAGAACGGUGGUGAGCGAGAAGGGCCAAGGCAAUGGCAUCAGCAGCAGCGCCGUCGCUGAAAGCGGUACUGGACCGCGUCCAAGGGGCUACUGAGCGCUCUGGCCGGAAUUUACAAGAGAUCCGUGUUGUGGCGGCUAGCAAGACGAAGUCAGUUUCUGCUCUCCGUCAGGUAUACGACGCGGGCCAUAGAUUCUUCGGCGAGAACUACGUUCAGGAAAUCCUUCAAAAAGCUCCUCAGCUUCCCGAUGACAUCCAGUGGCAUCUCAUUGGCAAUUUGCAGAGUAACAAAGUCAAGCCUCUUAUCGCUGGUGUUCCCAACCUUGCUUGUGUAGAAACUGUGGAUGACGAGAAGAUAGCAAAUCUUCUCGAUCGUGCUGUAGCGACUGUUGGCAGGAAACCGUUAAAGGUUUUUGUUCAAGUGAAUACGAGCGGAGAAAUCUCCAAAUUUGGUGUUGAACCAGCUCUGUGUGUGGAUCUUGUAAAGCACAUCACAAACUGCCCAAACCUUGAGUUUUCUGGUCUAAUGACAAUUGGCAUGCUGGAUUAUUCAUCCACCCCUGAAAAUUUUAAGAUGUUGUCCAAUUGCAGAAGUGAAGUUUGUAAAGCACUUGGAAUACCAGAAACGCAAUGUGAGCUAUCGAUGGGCAUGACUGGAGACUUUGAGCAAGCUAUCGAGAUGGGAAGUACAAAUGUUAGGAUUGGGACUGCCAUAUUUGGAGCCAGAGAAUAUCCAACGAAAGACGAGAAGUAGCUAUCCUAAUUUUGCAGUCUCUUUGUGGGUUGGUAUAUUGGUGCUGACAUUCACAUAUCAAACUCAGAACAGCACGAGCAAAUUAUUCAAGCUAUAACUUAGUAUAUCCGUGAACAUGAAUUUGUAUUCGGAAUAAUCUUCUAGAUUGAAGGCUGUAUACAUUUUCUGUCAAACAUAAGAACCAACCUAUUCAGCUGAAGCUGAACCAAGAUAAUUUGAAAGAAUAAUGAUGUGCAGCACCGAAAAUAAUUAUAUGAAAAAUAGCACAUCUGGCGAGUUA